AUGGUAGAUGCCCAACCGCUAGAUCGCAAAGAUGAGCAGGACGAUGAUCCUCAUGAUUCUUCGGAUUUUGAAUCACAAGAUGGCAGGCAAUCUGAAUCAAGGCGCAAGAAAAACAGGCGCUCCUGGGCACCAAAUCCAGCCAAACCACUUGGCGAAGUACAGCCCUACCCAACAGACCCUGCACAGAAAUGGACAAGGACUUACGUUGGCCCAGUCAAAAGAUGGACGCGACUUGAAUACCUGGUCGAUUAUUGGUUUGGUGAUAUGGAAAACCGCAGAGAAGUCUUCAAUGAAUUCAUGAAAUUGUGGUUCAACUUUCAGCUUUUACCUCCCAAGCUUCCACAAGGAUCCCACCAGUUAGAGGUGGCGCGGAACGGGUGGAUGUCCAGCGAUUUCACCCAGCAUGUUGAAAAUAAGUAUCGCCAUUGGUACGAGAGAUAUCAAGCUAUACGAACUAGAUCGCAAGAAUCAACUCUUAUAGAUAAAUCGAAGGCGUUCCGGUGGUUUCUUCCACGAGCCGACGGUGAGAUGCGCGUGUUACUCGGUCAUAUAUCGAACCAGAAAGAAUACCUCAUUAAGCAAGGAGAAUGCAUAUCAUUAUCGGAUUCUGGACUUCCAACCGAGGAUGAAAGUAAUAAUGAGCUACAGAACGGCGGUUGGCUACUUGAUGUUGGGGGCAUCGUCCUUUCUAUGGGAUGGGCUCCAGUCAAAGACCAUGCAGAUCAACUCCUAGCUAUGUCAGUCAUCCCAUAUUCGGACCAGGCCUUUUAUAGGGAUCUGAAUGAUGCACCAAAACCGUCAGAGCUGAAAGAGGGGACCAUUCAGAUUUGGAAAUUCAAGGCCGAAAAGGACUCUGGAGGGAUCAGUCGGCCGGCGCGAUCCUCUCCGGAAUUAAUACACGCAAUAUGCUUCUAUUGGGGAAGAGUAAAACGAAUACAGUGGUGUCCUGUCCCGCUCACCAUUACGCAUGGCAUAGCUCUCUUAGCUGCGUUGUGUGGAGAUGGGAAGUUGAGGAUCAUGGAGAUCAAGCGUGAUCCAGAGAGAGAUAGGAUUGGGACUUUUGAAGAAAUGCAGGACCCGAUGGUCACUAUAGAGCCUCCUAAAGAACAUACUCUGGAAAUAAACUGCUUUUCCUGGCUGAAUAUGAACCGUAUUGUCGUCGGCCUUUCUGACGGCUCCGUGGUAGUAUGGUCGGUUUCGCCCUUCCAGCAACUGCAACGCCACCCCGUUCACUCGAGCCCUAUAAUGGACAUCGUAUCCGGUUACCCCUCUAAACCCUUUCUUAUUGCAACGAUGCCUAUGGGGGGUGUAUUCACUUUGACCGACUUGAACCGACCUACCGCAGAGAAGACAUACCAUGGAAACCCGUUGGUUUCCCUUCAGCCAAACGUCCUUUCUUGGAGCGACCAUUUAAGGGGUUUCGCAUCUAUAUGGCCUACCUCGUUUCCGGGUACAUCAACCGUUUCUUUUGUACAUUCUCGGGUAUUCCCUCUUUCGCGUCAUAUAUGCACUGUAGAGGGCCAGACGAGCUGUCUUGCGUUUGGAACCUGUCACCCAUGCCUCCUCGUUGGAAGCUCAGAUGGAUCAGUCUGGACCCUCAACGUUAUGCGCAAAGUUUUAUCGCACAGGGAGAAAACACAUAAGAUCAAAAUCUUUCAGCAUGAAUACGCUGCACCUCCCUCUCCUAAUGCUACGAAUAACGAUGAUGAGCAAAUUCCGCCCCGUGGGGGAUGUCGUAUCCUCCAUGGAUUUCUACCUCAAGUCAAUUUUCAUCCCCUAGGCACGAGGAUCGCGAAGGAGAGUAGAGUCAAGCGUGCUAGAGGGGAGAAGAAAGCGGCUAAUAAGAAGGCCGAGAAGCCGGAGAAUGAAGAACCGUUUGAAGACCCAGCGGAAUCAGAUGAAGAUUACUUCACUAUGGUUCCAGCCCCUAUCGUCGUCCACGAGGCCCAAACCCGCAUUACGGCCUUGUGUUGGAAUCCGAACGUGGAGUUUAGCUGGUGGGCCGCGGCAGCAAUGGGGUCCGGGCUGGUGAGGGUCAUGGAUCUUGGCAUCGAAAAUAUGCAAGGGGAACCAGAAGAGCACUCUGAGGGACUCGAAUUGGCCGAGCCAAAUAUUGGCCGUGAUGAUGAUGGCCACAAUGGAAAUAUCGAAAUAGGGGAGAGCCCAGACGGCGAUUUCGAGUUAGUAGAAUAG